AUGGACGGGCAGGAAUUGACAACAGAAACCGUAACACCCGCAAAUGUGUCUUCUUCACCGUCGCCUAUGGAUGCCCGGACGAUGCAUCUCCAAUUACAAUCGCCAAAUGCCCAAGUAAUUUCUCCGUCUUUUGACGUUGGUGAUCUCAUCUCAUACGAGUACUUUGACACAGCCUCAGGAAAGUUGCAAUGCGGGUUGGCGACGGUGUUGGAAAGGCUUGAAGAAAACAAAAUUUUGGUUGAGCCACUGAUGCACGAGGCCCGGAGAAGUCUCUGCGGCGUGGUGGCCACAACGGAAGAGGGCAAAUCCAUACUUGAGGAACUGCGGAAUCUAGAAAAGGAGUUUGUGCGGUGCAUCAAGGACGCCAAACAAUCCUCGCAAGAGAUUUGGGAGAGACGCUAUGCCGUCCAGAAGGAGAAGCAGGAGGUUGAAGAGGCGGUGAUAAUUGCCCAGGAAGAACUCGGGGACGUCCGUACGGCUGUAAAGAAGAUUGACAUUCAUCACUGGCACGAGUUGGUGUCAUAUCGAACACCACCGGAAAUCGUGGUACGGGUGAUGGCCGCAGUGGUGCUUGUGUUAGGCGAGCGGCGACGUACGUGGGCUGAAAUUAUGCCCAUCUUACAUCGUCCGGGAAUGACGGAGCUUUUGGCGACCUUUGACUCCAGUGAUUUGACACAAGCGCAGCGUGAGGAAGUGUUGCAGCGGUACAUCAAUACACCAAAGUUUACAUAUGAGGGGGUGAUGAAAGGCAGCAUUGCUCUUACGGAGUUGUACAGAUGGGUUGUGGCACACGUGCUCAUGAUUAAUGUAAGUGAACAUCGCAAUCAGAUGUUUAGAAUAAAUGAACGCCGCAGCUCUGAUCUUGAAGAGUUGGAGCAAAAGUUGCAGGAAGACUUUAAGAAGAUUGCGAGGUUAAAUAUUGAAAUGAAUGCGUUAUGGAACCGUCUUUAUGAGGUGGAGUCGAAAACCGCCUCUAACUUUUGUGCUUCCAACAACACCACUCCCAGAGAGAACCAGAGCGCUAGACAACGUUGUUCACAUAUGGGCCUUUUUGAAAGACCACGUUUUGCAGAACUUAUCAAGAUGAUUAGUGGAUCAUGGCAUUACAAAAUGAAGCCAGAACGCCGUGGCAUUUCCAUCUACAGUGUCCUAUGUAACUUGGGGGCAGCACCAGACAGAAAUGAGACGAUCAUACUUCAGGAACAAAAUUCUCUGCAUCUUUUGGCCGCCAUGCAGGCAAAAAAUCGUCAGUACCCUCCCAUUAUUCAAUCGGAAACUGAAGCAUAUGUUGAAGAGGCAGCAAAUACACACGGGAUUCAGCAAAAACGGAAACCGCAAAGAAAAACAAUCACACAAAUUCAAUGUGCGCAGAACAUCAAAGCACUGGUGCAACAGAUUCGAAAAAAUGCGGAAGAGAAGCUCCAACUUCAACAAAGAAUUUUAAUCAACACCAGAAGUAAAAAUACUGGUGAAAGUCAGUUGGGACAAAAGCUAUCACAAGAAAACUAUACAAAAGAAAGAGAAGAAAAUAACACGAAUACUAAAACAUUCACCCACAUCAAACAUUUUUACACGCAAGACAGCCCACGAACACCACCUGUGCAAAGAAGGCUGGAUUUGUCCGGAAACAAAAAGAAUUCACUAAAAGAUUACAAAAUAAAGGGUUUUGACGUUCUGGCUACGCUGGAGCGCCAGCUACAGGAGCGUGAUGAUGCCCUGGCUGCGCUGAGGGACAGACUGGAGGAGUACGGCAGAGAAAAGUCUGCGCUGGAGAGCCGCUCCAGUGAGAGUGUUGAUGUCGUCGUUACACUCGAGCGCCAGCUACAGGAGCGUGAUGAUGCCCUGGCUGCGCUGAGGGACAGGCUGGAGGAGUACGGCAGAGAAAAGUCUGCGCUGGAGAGCCGCUCCAGUGAGAGUGUUGAUGUCGUCGUUACACUCGAGCGCCAGCUACAGGAGCGUGAUGAUGCCCUGGCUGCGCUGAGGGACAGGCUGGAGGAGUACAGCAGAGAAAAGUCUGCGCUGGAGAGCCGCUCCAGUGAGAGUGUUGACGCCUUGGCUGCCAUGGAGCGCCAGCUAAAGGAGCGUGAUGAUGCCCUGGCUGCGCUGAGGGACAGGCUGGAGGAGUACGGCAGAGAAAAGUCUGCGCUGGAGAGCCGCUCCAGUGAGAGUGUUGACGCCUUGGCUGCCAUGGAGCGCCAGCUACAGGAGCGUGAUGAUGCCCUGGCUGCGCUGAGGGACAGGCUGGAGGAGCACGGCAGAGAAAAGUCUGCGCUGGAGAGCCGCUCCAGUGAGAGUGUUGACGCCUUGGCUGCCAUGGAGCGCCAGCUACAGGAGCGUGAUGAUGCCCUGGCUGCGCUGAGGGACAGACUGGAGGAGUACGGCAGAGAAAAGUCUGCGCUGGAGAGCCGCUCCAGUGAGAGUGUUGACGCCUUGGCUGCCAUGGAGCGCCAGCUACAGGAGCGUGAUGAUGCCCUGGCUGCGCUGAGGGACAGACUGGAGGAGUACGGCAGAGAAAAGUCUGCGCUGGAGAGCCGCUCCAGUGAGAGUGUUGACGCCUUGGCUGCCAUGGAGCGCCAGCUACAGGAGCGUGAUGAUGCCCUGGCUGCGCUGAGGGACAGGCUGGAGGAGCACGGCAGAGAAAAGUCUGCGCUGGAGAGCCGCUCCAGUGAGAGUGUUGACGCCUUGGCUGCCAUGGAGCGCCAGCUACAGGAGCGUGAUGAUGCCCUGGCUGCGC